AUGGGUUGGACCGUUGAACGUAUUGCAAAGGACGAAGCUGGCAUUGCCUUUUAUUUGCAGCAAUACAAACCGUUCAGGUUGUUGUCACUUGAACGCGACCCCUCAGCCUUCGGCUCGACGCUGAGCCGUGAAGAAGCCUUCGACGAGGGACGGUGGCGAGACCGGCUGCUCAACCCUCAGGCCAGCACCUUUGUGGCCCGCGAGGAGGACACGACCCGAAGCAUCCUCUCUUCCAUCACUCUGGUCGGGCCAGACCCUGUCUCUGAAGAGCUGAGGUCGGCGCUCAACCUCGCUGGCCAAACCCUGCCUCCUGGGCAGCUGCUGCACUGGGAGCUCAAUGGCGUCUUCACCCUGCCGCAGGCCCGCCGUUGCGGCAUCGCAGCCGCAGUGAUGAGCACAGCGAGGCAGCAUGCCCUGGCGGAGGCGGCAUUACAGGGUAGUGGUGACUGUCUUGUUGUCCUUACUGUGGUUGUCUACGCCGAGAACAGCGGUGCCAGAUCUUGGUAUGAGAAGAUGGGCUUCACCCCGUACAGACAGGACAAGGAGGACCAGGGCCGGGCCACCAUCGAACUUGUGCAGGUAUUACAUGUGCCCCAAAGACCUCGGUGA